GACACGAGCGGAUUCGGAGUUCGAUUUGGAUUGAAUCGAUCUCGGAUAGAAGGGGGGAAGAACGCAGAGCCGUCGACGCACGCCGUGCUCGUGCUGCUCCUCCGUUCCUCCUCGACUCCGACCGGAGGGGCGUGCAGGAAGGGCGGGACGCGAGAGAGAGAGAUGGGGCGGCCGCGAGGAGGGACGAGCAGAGGGAAGCAGAAGAUCGAGAUCCGCUUCAUCGAGGACAAGAGCAGGCGCGAGGUGAGCUUCUCCAAGCGCCGCGCCGGGCUGUUCAAGAAGGCGUCCGAGCUCCGCGUGCUCUGCGGCGCGUCCGUCGCCGUCCUCUCCGUCUCCAUGGCCGGCAAGGUGCACGCCUUCGGCGGGCCGGACGUCGCCGCUGUCCUCCGCCGCCACGCCCUGCCCCCGGCGGCGGCGGCGGUGGCGCCUCGUCUUCUUCUUCCUCCGCCCCGCUCCCUCGUCAUGGCGGUGGCGACAACAGCGCCCGGUAUCCUUCCGCCGCCCCGGCCGGCGGCUUCGAAGGCUGCGGCGAGGUGCUGUGGUGGGCGGCGGAGCAGACCAAGGUGAAGGUGGAGGUGGCGGUGGCGGCGAAGGAGGCGCGGGUUCGCAGCAUGGUGGACAAGGUCGCGAAGGCGAAGGCGAAGGCGAAGGCGGGCCGGCAGUUUUGGUGGGAGGCGGACGUCGUCGAGGCGCUCGGCGAAGCGGAGCUGCCGGACUUCGCCAAGGCGCUCGAGAGGUUCAGGCACAGCGUCUGCCUGAGCAUCAACAAGCUGCAGCUCUCCACCACGCCGCGGCAGCAACUGCACAUCUCGGAUUAUUAUUCGUUUUAGGUGCUACGAGUGCUUGUUUGAAUCAUGCUGUUAAAGGCGUAUUAGCACUGCUAGUUGCAAUCAAUUAUUCGUGCUUACUACUGAUUAUGGCCUGUUAGGUCAGUCUCAAUUUAUAAUUUUAUGGUAUAGUUAUCAAGACUAUAAACUAGGAA